AAUUUGUGUUUUGUGUUUUAAUGUUGAUCUGAUUUUGAAUAAGGCCAAGUAAUAAAUCUGUAUAUGUUUAUAGAAAUGGUGUCAUCUUUCGAUGUUCCCAUCAUUUGUUGAUAGUUUUCUUGAGCCACAAAGAGCAGAUGCUUAAGCAUACAACAAUAUUGGCAAAUACAAUCAGCCGCAACUGCGGUUCAGACAAGUGCUACAUUAUCCCAAGACAAAUGCUUACCGGAUUUCAAAGGACUCCACAUAUAAUAAUGUGACAGCCCGCAGAACCUUAAAAUGUCGUCGUAGUAUACAUGCGUCUAGUAGUGUUUUUCAUGUGGAACUGGGGAAAGCACUUAGGAGGCGUAAGGGCGUUUAAGUGUUGCCACCUGACGCAACUCCCAGAAGAACACCAGAAUGAAAACAAAAAACGACUACUACUGCUGCUCCUGCAAGAAUUUGUUCAGCUCCUUAUUUGUUUAUUGUGGGCUGUGUGUGGCAGGGUUGCCAGGCGAGCCGGCAAUGCGUGACAAUAAUUAAAAGAUUUCUAGUGUCAACAGCAUAAAUGGAAUCAAAACAGAGUCGCUGCCAAAACUAAAUGGCACACAAGACGCAGCCCAAAAUAAUAAUCCUGCGUCCUGUGGGUUCGACGAGUGGUUGGCUGGCUUGCGUGGGCAUGAAAUGCGCACGUUGUUUGUUUAUUGAGCGGGACUUUGAUUUGUGCAACCAGAGUCGAGUCGAGUCCACAACAAUCCAAGCUGAACUGAAUUUGAUGCCCCCCACCAACCACUGACCACCCUCCAAACAUCCUCCCCGCAUCCACACACCGCGACAAGUACACGCGUGUUUGUAGAGCUGUUGUGUGCAUAGGCAACGCCGAUUAUUGACACAUCACCGGCUACGCGAUUCAUGGUGGGUUAAGGGGUUUCAACAAAGGGAUGGGCGUAAGGGGGUAGAAGGGGGUGUGGGUGAACUCUCGAGCUGAAAAACAAACACUUGCGCGAAGAAGACAAAUGCAAAUCGAACUGCAGUCAGAUUUCGCGUGUGAGUGUGUGUGUAAGAGUGUGUGCUUGUAUCCCAAUUCCAAUUUCGAUUUGUAGACCAAUCGUCCCAACCCCCUCCCUGGUUAUGCGGUCGUGCGUGAAAUUUAAUCAAAGCAAGGCGUACGCCCCCUUUGCCGCCUCCUUGCCACUUUCCCCUUUUCCCGUACAACAUAACCCGAUCUCAGCCCAUCAAUGUGGCCAACAGAUUUUGGUAUCCCAAACUGAAGCAAGCGGAAAUGUUGCACAUUUGUAACUGUAACUUGCUUCGGGUGUUUUCUCUUCACAAAAUGGGCAACAAGAUAAAAGGAGAGAAAACUUUUUUCUGUUUUGUGUUUUUUUUUGCUUGCUGUAUCGAAUUUUGCACACCCUUUUUUUAAUGGCAAUUAUGAAGAAGGAUUUGUUACAUAUAUUGACGUCAGUUUGAUAUACUUGCAUUAUGUCUAUGAGCUUGAAAAUAAGGAGUGAAAAAGGAGUAUAAUAUUACAUAUUCAUGUUAAGUAAAUUGAAUGAAUUGGUGGUAAAACUGCUGAUGAAGCUAGAGUAUAUUGACAUUGGGUGCCCAACUGGGGAACUGGAGAACGUCAAAGUUUUACACACAAGUGCAAAUUUCUGUCAAUUGUUGUAAAUGGAGUUUCCUAUUUCCUGUUCUCUGUCUGUCUGCAGCAAUUUACCGAAAAGCAGGUGGGGUGGGAGCAAAUGAUUUGUUGAAUUUUAGUUGGCUUUAGUAUGUUGGCAAUGCUUAGAUUCAAUUUACGCGCUUAGUUUCAAUGUUGAAUGGCAUUUGGCAGCGUCGUAGCCCUGGCCGUAAAAAUUGUGCUUGCGCCCUGGAUGAUUAUUAUUGAAAGAGGAAUGUGGUAAAGUUGAAACGAAAACAAAACGCAAACAGCAAUAAGAACAACAUCAUGCGAGCUAAAGCGAACAUGCGUUUAUUUUUAAACCAUAUACGACUCUCUCACUCUCGCGCUCUCUGCUCAGUCGAACUUUUGAUAUUGUGGCGCCUCUCUCUUUGUCAGCGCCGCUCUCUUUGUUCGUGUUUGGGUUCUUCGGAGAGCAGUUUGUUUUCGUCAGCGACCAGCUUUGUCACGUGGAAAACUUGCUAUCGAUGUUGCUGCUGCUGCUGUCGCUAUCGUCGUUUCGCUUUUAAUAUUCACUUUUAUUUGCGGUCUGACAUUUGUGUUGGCCCGCUUGCGUACAGUGGGGCAAGUGCACAGGACUGAUCAGGUUUGCGAACCACUUGUUUCUUUUAUUUUAGUAUAUUUCUUUGCAUAUGUUGGUAUACCAAUGUAAUUAUUAAACGUUCUUGUUGCUUAAUUAUUAAGUGUGUGUCAGUAGUUAGUGGCCACUGUGCACAUGUGUCGAUUCCAGCAUACCGCUUUGCUUUGCUCUCCUAUCGCUCUUCUUCUUCGCUUUGAGAGCGUAAGUAGAUCUCAGCGUCGCUUGCAUUCACCUUCCCCUUGUCAAGCAUGAACACUUUGCGGUUAAUCAUGAUGACGGGGGCGUUUGCGAUGCCAGUUGCGGUUGUUGUGGCCUGUCAAUCGUUGCUUUUGCGUUGUAUUCUGCUUUUGUUGAUAAUCGGGAGCGGCGACGCCGAUGUCGUCGUCGUCGCAGUGUUCGCAAUUUAAGUUUUUUGGGCCCGUUGGCCAAGCACUGUUGUCGACGUCACGUCAGUUCAUUGCGUCGGCUUGUAGAGCUUGCUAGUGUUUUUUUUUUUUUUUUUUGUUCUCGCGAUUCUCAAUUGUCCAUGUGUCUCUGUGUGUGAUAGUGCUCUUCUGUGACUGCUGCUAGCUGCUUUCUCUUCUUCUUGCCCGCUUCUGUUGUUGACGUUGUCGCCGCAUUGUUUUUAUUGCCAUCGUUCGCUGCCCGUUGCUGCCGUCGUGGCCGCUGCGCAGACCCAAAAACAAAACCAAAACAAAAAAAAAAAAAAAAAAAGAAAAUCAACUCGAUUGUGAUAUAAUUUGUUAAGUAUUUAUUUAAUUGUAUUCGGCACAAGCGUGCCACGACGGACCACGACUGCACCCAGCCAGCUGCAGCAGACGCAGCAAACGUUGAAGAAAAAAAAACAAAUACCAAAAAAAAAAAGCUGCCUCGCUUGCCGUCUGCGUCUCCUCUGGCACGCUGUCUCGCUCACCCGCAAUGGUCUACUCGACGAACAUAUUGCUGUGCAUUGUGACCAUAUUGACCGCAGUGUUCAUAUGGUCGCGUCGCACCUACGUCUACUGGCAGCGACGUCGCGUCAAGUUUGUGAAGCCGACGCAUCUGCUGGGCAACCUGAAGAGGGUCCUCAAGCUGGAGGAGUCAUUUGCGAUGCAGAUGCGUCGCUUCUAUUUUAACGAACGAUUCCGCAACGAGCCCGUCGUUGGCAUUUAUCUGUUCCAUCAGCCGGCGCUGCUCAUUCGCGACUUGCAACUGGUACGAACCGUUCUCGUCGAGGAUUUUGUCAGCUUCUCGAAUCGGUUUGCCCAGUGCGAUCUGCGGCGCGACAAGAUGGGCUCUCUCAAUCUAUUCUUCGCCCGCCAGCCCGAGUGGCGCGACAUUCGCACAAGACUCUCGCCGGUCUUCACCGGCGCCAAGAUCAAGCAAAUGUUCUCACUCAUGGAAGAGAUUGGCUGCGAUCUGGAGUGGUAUCUGAAGCGUUUGACACGCGACAUGCGACGUGGCGACGCCGAUCGAGGAGUGGUCGUCAGCAUCAAGGAUGUGUGCGAUUUGUACAACACGGAUAUGAUUGCGAGCAUUGCGUUUGGACUGAGAUCGUACAGUUUGCGGAAUACGCAGUCGGAGAUCGGUUCACAUUGUCGGGAGAUAUUUCGACCGAAUGUGCGUCGCAUGGUUGACUUCUUUGUGAUAUUCUUUCUGCCCAAGCUGGCGCCGCUGUUACGGUGCAAGCUGUUCACAGAGCCGCACUCGGAGUUCCUGCGCCGCGUCAUCCAGCUGGUGAUCGAGGAGCGCGAACGGGGCGGUGAUCUGCGCAAUGAUCUCAUUGAAAUGCUGCUCACACUCAAAAAGGAGGCCGAUCUGCAGCAGGACAAGUCACACUUUACGCACAACCAAGACUUUCUGGCCGCCCAAGCGGCCAGCUUUGAGGUCGCCGGCAUUGCCACAUGCUCGGCCACCUUGUCCUUUGCUCUAUACGAGCUGGCCAAACAGCCGCUCAUCCAGGAGCGACUGCGCCGUGAGAUACGUGACGCGUUCAAUGCUGGCCCAGGGCUCAGCUAUGAGCGCAUCGCUGGCAUGCACUAUCUGGAGAUGGUCGUCGAGGAGACACUGCGCAUGUAUCCCAUUGUGCCCAUACUCGAGCGCGAAUGCACGCCGAUCAACAAGAAGCGCUUCUACUCGCUGCGGCCACAUGCCGAGUGCUAUGCGAGACGCGGCAUGCCCGUGUUCAUAUCCAAUCUGGCCAUACAGCAUGAUCCGCAGUAUUGGCCAGAACCCGAUCGAUUCGAUCCGGAACGCUUUAGUGCGGAGAAUAAGCCAAAGCAGACGCCCAUGUCAUAUCUGCCAUUUGGAGCCGGACCGCACAAUUGUAUUGGUCUGCAUAUUGGCCAGCUGAUGAUUAAAUUGGGACUCAUCUAUUUUCUGCGCCAGCAUCGCGUCGAGUUCUGCGACAAGACCGUGGAGCGGAUCAGUUUCGAUGCCAAGUUUGCUCUGCUCGCCAGCGAGCAUUGCAUCUACCUCAAAAUUGCUGACUGUAUAUAGCACAAGGUCAUCUGAUGACCACAGCUGCUCAUCACCCUGCUCAUCCUGCUCAUCCUGCUCAUCAUCAGCAUCAUUGCUAUCGACACCAACAUUAUUUUUAAUUAUCACCAGCCACACACAUCACAGCAUUAACCUCAACUUUUAGUUCACAUUGUGCGCAGUGUAAAUAUAAAUAUAUAUAUGUAUAUAUAUAUAUAUUUAUAUAUAUUUCUUGUAUGGGUCAAAUAAAAUUGGCUACGUUCUACA